AUGUCCAACGACGACGCCGACUGCGCUUCCGGCUCCAACUCCUGCACCUUCACCUGUCCCGCCGGCGGGACAUGGUACGUGUGCCCCAGCGCCCCCUACUUCAUCGGCUGCUGCUCGUCCGACCCAUGCAGCAAUACCAACAGCAACAACACAUCGCCCUGUCCAGACGUAUACCCGGCGACCUUCGACACGGCCGUCUUCGACCGCUUCGCGCCCAACAACUGUAUCGGCCCCUCAUCGGAGAACUGGUUCACGUGUAACUUCACAGACCCGCCGUUCGUGGGCUGCUGUGCGUCGAAUCCGUGUGCGGAGACGGAGGGGUGUCCGAAGAAAGAUGUGAGAGCAGCAGCGUGGUCGUCGUCGCGGACGGACCAGUUUACGCUGUUUCAGGAUGUGGAUCGGGAUAAGGGGGAUGAGGAUGGCGGGGAUGAUGGGCUUGGGGGAGGUGCGAUUGCGGGGAUUGUGGUUGGGUGUGUUGCGGCGGUGGUUAUUGGGCUUGCGGUUAUUUGGUGGGUUCUCAGGAGGAGGAAGAGUAAGAAGGACGCUGCUGCGGCAGGACAUGGGAGGACGACGAGUGUGGUUGAGGGAGAGAGGCAGGGCAUGUUUAAUGGCGAAUAUACGGGAUAUCAGCAUCCUCAAUCGCCGUAUCAAGACUCGCACUUCUCAAGCCCCGGGGGAACAACUGUCGGUCCAAACGCAAAGUAUCUCUCUGGCUCGUCGACAGGAAUCAGCAGCUUGCCCUCGUCGCCGCCGAUGCCGUCCGAGUCUGGACAUGCAGUGUCGGAGAUCUACUCGAGUAACGGGGACGAGCAGCCUCCGUAUAAUCGGGGAUCGGCUCAGCAUGGACUGGGUGUGUUUGCGAAGCCACAGACAAUUCCGGAGCUGGACAGCACGAGUAAACCACCAGAGGUGCAUGAGUUGGAUGGGGGGAAUCGGCAGUGA